UGGGAUCCACAGCUGUCCAGUGUGAGACCUGAGAGAGCCAUGACGCACCUCACUGCAGGAGACAACAUGAGUCAGCAUUAAGGAAAGCAUGUGUGCAGUGGUGUUUUCUUCUUCUUGAUCGGCAGAGAAGCGCUUGUUUGAUGGGGAAGUGAAACCAGCUUCUCGAUGUGGAAGCGUCGCCAUUAACGAGGAGCUCGGAGGAACGGACGCACUCAGACGGAAUAUGAAAUAUUUAAGCAUGCUCCGGUUGAGUAGUUGAGUAGAUCAGACGCUCGGGGCGGAGAUGGACGACUCUGUGUGCAUCAGGUUCGAGGUGAUCCGUGAUGAAUGUCUGCAGGGCUGGAGGAGAAUCGGAACCGGCGGAUUCGGCCAGAUCUACCGAGCGAAGCACAAGACCCUGGGCAUGGACGUGGCCAUAAAGUUAUUACAUUAUAAAGACGGACCGGCGUCCUCCAUCCAGAGGGAAGCUCUCCUGAUGUUCCAGGGCGGGAAUCCUAACGUGAUCCGGCUCUUGGGUCUGUACGAGGGCCGUGUGGGCGAGGGCCGAGGGCUGGUGAUGGAGUUCAUGCCCAAGGGUUCGGUGGCGGAUCUGCUGCAGACGCUGGCCGGGCCGCCGCCGUGGCCUCUGACCUUCCGCAUGACGCACCAGAUCAGUCUGGGCAUGAACUUCCUCCAUCAUCUGACUCCUCCGCUCCUGCAUCUGGACCUCAAGCCCAGCAACGUGCUGCUGGACGACAGCCUCAGAGCCAAGCUGACAGAUUUCGGUCUGUCGCGAGUGGCUCGAAGCGUUUCUAGAUGCUCCAGAGAGAAAGACGAGGAUGAUGGAGGAACACUGAGCUACAUGCCUCCUGAAGCGCUGCAGUCUGUCAACUACAAAGCCAGCAAAGCCACUGACGUCUACAGUUACGGCGUUCUGCUGUGGUCCAUCGUCACCGGGAAGGAGCCGUAUGAAGACGCUCUGUCCAGCCUGGUGCGCUUCCGGAUCCCUCAGGGGGACAGACCGGACCUGACCUCCAUAGACCCCCGCGGGGUUAAAGGGCUGGAAGAUAUGGUGAAGCUCAUGACCGAGUGCUGGCAUCAGGAUCCCAGCAGGAGACCGUCGUUCCUCGGACGUCUUGAUCCUCUUUAUGUUUCAGAAGCACAGCCUCAGGUUUCGUCUUGCGUCACUGGACCACUUCCCAAACAGGAAACAGCUGCCAGUUACACAAAAUCCAUAAAGAAAGGUAAUCUGAGCUCCAGAGAUGAAUUCACAGAAGCAUUUCCUCGUCCUGCUCCGCCGGUGAUGCCUAUCAGAACAACACAGGUAUUGCACAAGUCAUCAAGAUAUCCCACGUCUGCCAGUAGAUGGAGCUGGUCCUUUAGCUCCUCAGUCCUGACAGAUUUGAUUAAAUCAGGAACAGAAAGCGUGACACUCGUCUGUCUCUCUGCUUUCCUCUCAGGCGGAGCUCAGAUCACCAUGUCCAACGUCUAUGGAGUUCAGAUCGGCAACAACAACAGCAUGAAUAUUGUUCAGAAACCGCGGCAGAGGCACCGAACGGCUCCUUCCAGCGUCGGCAGGUCUUACUCAAACUCGGAGAACUCACAGAAAAAACCUCAGUGACAUCUUCACACAGGAAUCAGCUCUCGUUCAGCUCUCAGGAGUUGAGUGUUUUAGACUAUAACCGAGUCAAAGGGAAAUAGAAUUUUAAUGCGGCUGAAAAAUAUUCAGGCCUAAAUUUAAGAUUUAUGUAUUUGAACCGCAUAUAAAAUAUCCAUGCAUUUGGAUUACACAGCAUAACAUUAACUAACCAAUAAACUUAAUGAGAUGCAUAUUUGUUAGUCAUGCAUAAAGUCAGAUUAAUA